AUGGAGCAAUCGUCGCUGUUUUCAGCAACCUCUAUCCAUCUGGAUCAUAUUACGUCAACUUUAAACUGUUUGAUGCCUUUUGGACAAAAGGACGACGUUUUGGUUACAAUCGAUAAAGAUGGAUUGUCCUUUGUUCGUGAAAACUACCAUUCUAGCAAGAUUCAAUUGUUUUUAUCGAAGGAUUUAUUCCAACAUUACUGUUAUAAUCCAGCCAUUGAUAAUCCCGAUGCUUUCACUAAACUGUCAAUAAAGAUAAAUCAUAUAUUUGAAAGUCUAAGCAUAGCUAGUAAUCGAAGUAAUGAUGACAUUGUUGAGUGCACUUUAUCCCACAAUGGAGAGGGAACGCCCUUUAUUCUAAUAGUGGAAGAUAGUUUGAUUACUGAAAGGGCUGAAUACAGCACGUAUUUCAUCAGUGAUGUUGAUAAUACCGGUCUGGUACUGGAUAGGGAAAGUCUUGAGUUUGAAUGCAUUAUAAAGGGUGAUGUCCUGUAUUCAGCUUUAAAGGAUUUAAAAGAAAUUGGUUGCAAGGAAUGCUAUUUAUAUGCAAUGACAAGCACUCGUUCUCGUCCUAUAUUUGCAUUACUAUCGAAGAGUCAGCUGGGGUUUUCCAAGAUAAUGUUACCAGCUGAGAGAUCGAUACUGGAAAAGCUAGAAGUAUAUAAUAAUGAUUCUAAAACCAUAGUACACGAGUCUCCUGUUAUAGGAUUGUUUGACUUCAAUACAAUCGAUAAGCUGCGAUUGAGUACAAAGAUUGCUAGUAAAGCGCUCAUUCGGAAAGAUGUCCAUGGGCUGCUGACCAUUAACAUACUAAGCCAAGCCAACGAUAUGUUGAUUCCAAAUAAAAUUCACUCAAAAGCCGACACUUCUGAGCAAACGGUAGAUUAUCCAAGCAUAUUUGUGGAAGUUUCUGUGUUGGAAAAGGCUACAGCACUGGACACUGAUAUAAAAGAUAUACAAAUGUUAAUGUCAGAGUCAACUGUGCAAAAGCCUUUCUCAACAACCGAGCAGCCGAUGCAAAGCGCUUUCAAUGCUCCAACAGAGCAAAGUAAGGGCAAUAUUCUCGGUCUUACAGAGCCAGUGAACUUCCCUUCAGAACAGAACGCUAAUGACUCCUACAACCCUGUACCAACAAUGGAUAUACCUCUGUUCUUCUAG